GAAAGAGAGAGAGAGAGAGAGAGAGAGAGCGCGCGCGCGCGCGCCUUCUCACUCGUGUCGUCGCCGCCGUCGUCGUGUCGUCGUUUCGUUUCGUUUCGUCGUCGUGAGCGUUCGGCUUCUCGCCACGGCCCAUCUCACGAGUCAUUCUCUUCUCGCGUGGACGCCUCAAGUUUUAUAACCUUAAAGGAGUAAGUGAAUCGGUUUUAUCUAUAUUUCUUCUUGGUGUUUAUAUACACAUUCGUGCGACGUGUUAAUCGGAUAACACGUAAAAUCGGUUUUUAAAUAGAAACUUUCUAAUUCGUGGUGUUCUUCUUACGUCGAUUCGUGCGCUCGACAUUGCGAGCCUGUGGGGAAGAGAAAAAAGAAGGAAAGUGCGUAGUAAUCGAUGUGAGGAAAGUCGAAGUCGACGAAUCCCCCGAGGCAACUCGCUGCCAUUGCGAUAGAGAAAGAGAGAGAGAGAGAGAGAAAGAGAGAGAGAGAAUAGAUAGGGAGGAAGAAGGAAGAAGAAGAGAGAGAGAGAGAGAGAGAGAGAGAGAGACAGAACGAAGCACGGAACCGUAGGUGGGACAGAGAGGCCAACGCACCGACGACGAGCCGGGAAUUCGAUCGUGUUCGAAGCUCCGUUAGGGAGCUCCAGGGGUGGCAACGGUCUCGCUCGGAAGCGUCGAAGGUGGCGCGAGGGGUGGACGAGUCGGCGUUGGCCUGGCUCUGGUUCCGGUGGUAGCAGUAAAAGCAGUAAAAGCGGAAGCCGCGUUAGUAGCUGAGAAAAAAACUGUAGCAAGCUAUUCUCGGCCAGAGAUAGCAGCAGCAGCAGCAGCACCAGUAGCAGCGGUAGCAGCAGUAGCAGCAGUAAUAACAGGAGCAUCACUCGUGGAAAGACUACUAGGAGCCGGCGGCGGACUGGGAACGCUGAACGUUCAAGAAGAAGAGUGCCAUCGUCGCGAGAAGAAAGGAUCUAGCUCGUCUUCUUUUUCUUCUUCUUCUUCAUUUUUCUCUCUUAUUUUCCUUGUCCUUGCUUUCUUACUUUUUCACUUACUAUCUCCACUUUCUCCUCCUACUCCGCUUCCACCUGCUCCUCCACCUCCUCCACCGCCACCUUUACCUCCUAUUACACCGCCUCCUCGUACGUCCAACGUUCAACGUAAAAAACUUCACGGCGAAUUUCUAACCUCUUUGGAAGACGAACCAACACCGACGGCGUGACACCGGCGUAAAAUCGGGCCAACAAGGCCCUCCUCCUACCCUUCCCUCGUCGCAAAACAAGCAAAACUCGCGCGUCAAGCGAGACAGUUUUAAUUAUCUACUCUCGCUUAUUAUACAUCUAUCUUCCAAAUACAACGGACGUAUUCUUACCCUUCUUGAACGGACUAUCGAGAAGUACAGAAAGUCGCAAACACGACGGGCACCAUGAACGAGCUCGACAGCCUUCGCCAAGAGGCGGAGACCCUCAAGAAUGCCAUUCGAUCGUCUAAUGCCAUUGACGACGUUGACGAUCAUGCUGGGAGAAGAUUGCAGACUUAAAGAGGGAUGCUUGCUAUCAAUCAAAUUCGAAUCUUCCUAAAGCUUGUUUGUUGCUCUUCGGUAUCACCAAAGAUGCAAGAAAGGCAGCAUGCGAUACGAGUUUGGACCAAGCGACGGCCGGCUUGGAACCCAUUGGUCGAAUACAAAUGCGUACGAGACGUACUUUGCGAGGUCACUUGGCCAAAAUCUAUGCCAUGCAUUGGGGAAGUGAUUCCAGGAACCUAGUAUCCGCCUCGCAAGACGGCAAGCUGAUCGUUUGGGACAGUUAUACGACCAACAAGGUACACGCCAUCCCUCUACGUUCCUCCUGGGUGAUGACCUGCGCGUAUGCACCGUCGGGUAGUUACGUGGCUUGCGGUGGCCUGGACAACAUAUGUUCCAUUUAUAGCCUUAAGACAAGAGAAGGAAAUGUACGGGUCAGCAGAGAAUUACCAGGACAUACCGGAUACUUGUCCUGUUGUCGAUUUUACGACGACAACCAAAUUGUCACUAGCUCGGGUGACAUGACCUGUGCUCUAUGGGACAUCGAGACAGGUCAACAAUGCACUUCGUUCAUCGGGCACACAGGAGACGUAAUGUCCCUCUCGCUGGCUCCCGAUACACGCACCUUCGUUUCCGGUGCGUGCGACGCUAGCGCAAAACUUUGGGAUAUUCGUGAAGGAUCUUGUAAACAAACUUUCCCUGGACACGAAAGUGACAUAAAUGCCGUUACGUUCUUCCCUAACGGAUAUGCUUUCGCGACGGGUUCGGAUGACGCUACUUGCAGACUCUUUGACAUUAGAGCGGAUCAAGAACUGGCGAUGUAUAGCCACGACAAUAUUAUUUGCGGUAUUACGAGCGUAGCUUUCAGCAAGAGCGGUAGAUUGUUGUUAGCUGGCUAUGAUGACUUCAAUUGCAACGUAUGGGAUUCCAUGAAAGCCGAACGAGCUGGUAUACUUGCCGGGCAUGACAAUCGUGUGUCUUGCCUUGGAGUGACGGAAGAUGGUAUGGCAGUAGCGACGGGCUCUUGGGAUUCGUUCCUUCGCAUUUGGAACUAACUUGGGGUUCCUCCCAAGACGUUCCUCCAAAGAACCAACUGCAGCCAGUCCGCGUACAGUAUAAGUAUUAGAUACCAUCAUCUUAUCACGGAGCAAGCCGGCGUGCCAGCAGUCGCGACAUCAUCGGUCAACGAACCACCGGAUACACCGGAGGUAAAGCUGAUCAGAAAUUUUGGAUAUCCGACGAGCAGCGGUAACGGAACCAAAUGCAGCAACAACAAUAAUAAUAAUAAUAAUAACAACAACAACAACAACAAUCACAGUAACAACAAUAAUGGCACAAAGAAGAAGCACAAGAAUUGCAGCAAUAGCAGCAGCAGCAGCAACAACAACAGCAACAGUAGUAGCAGCAGCAGCAGCAGCAGCAGCAGCAGCAGCAACGACUCUAAGAACGUUUUGGGUUGUGGUGGUAAAAAAGACUACCGUAGACGCAUAAUCGUCGACUUAACCUGGCGACGCGGCAAAGUCGGCGACAAGGUUACCCGCGAGUAUGAACGCUUCUAAGUCAAACUAUUACCAUCGUUCGGAUGCCGAAUUUGAGACAUAAAUGAGAAGAUAGAAGAAGAAAAAGAUGAUGAAGAAGAAGAGGAGGAAGAAGAGAAAGAGGAAGAAAAAGAAAAAGAAGAAGAGGAACAAAAAAAGAAGAAAAAAAAACAAAGAAAGAAGAAAAGAAAAUGAGGAGGAGGAGGAGGAGGAGGAGGAAGAAGAAGAAGAAGAAGAAGCAGGAAGAAGCUCGAAGAAAUAAAAAAGAAUGGAAAAUGGUGUGAGAUGGAGUUUAAUUAAGACAGUUUGCGAAAGGUAGUACCGGAAGUACCAAAAAAAUAAUAAUAAUAAUAAUAAUAAAUAAUAAAUAAAUAAAUAAAUAAAUAAAUAAUGAAAAGAAAACAAAGAUAAAACAUAAAAGACGGCCCCUCGUCUCGAGUCGUCGUCGUCGUCGUCGUCGUCGUCGUCGAAACUACUACUCUCGCCCUCGCUCGCGAGAACGCGUUGCUUCCUUGUUUCUUGGUUUCUUCUUUCUCAAGGGCGUUGCAUGAUGUUGUUUAAAUGAUGCAAAUCCCUUUGAUACGAGAAGAGGCUUGCUCAAAAGGAAGCGACAUCAGCAGUUGACUCGGCUUGACGAUCCUUUUGAAACAAGAUUAUAGAAGAAGAAAAAGAAAAAGUAGAAGAAGAAAAAGAAGAAGAACGGAUCGUCGACGAGAUUUAGACAUUGAUGGUCGUCUAAAGAAAAAGCGAAGAAGAAGAUAGAAGAGAAAGAAGAAGAAAAAUAUAUACAAAAUGAAAAGAAAGAAAAGAGGAAGAAGACGAAGAAGAAAUGAAAAUAAUAAUAAUAAUAAUAAUAAUAAUAAUAAUAAUAAUAAUAAUAAUAAUAAUAAUAAAGAAAAAAAAAAAGAAAAGAAAAAGAACUUUUAAAUAACCUGACCCGAACGUAAGGUUCCGAGCGUGUUCACUGCCGAUAAAGACGCCGACGCGAGGCGCGACGAGCGAAGUAAAUAAAUAAAUAAAUAACUAAAUAAAUAAAUAAAUAAAUCGUCGCACUCUUGUGUGAUUAUUCGAACGAGAAGGAGGAGGAAGAGGAGGAGAAGAAAAAGAAGAAGAAGAAAAAGAAAAAAAAAGGUACUGGCAAGUGGUAAAAAAAGUCAAUGUACGAGGAGAAAGAGAGAGAAAGAAAGAAAGAAGCGAUUGUAUCGGAAUAGGGACAGCGGCAGAAGUAAAAGCAAAAACAAAAGCAAAAGUAGUAGCAACAGCAGCAGCAACAGCAAGAGCAGCAGCAGCAAGCAGAGUCAGCCAAAUUCACGAUAAUCUCGCACGUUGCGUUUUCAACGUAUAAACGCACAUCGUCAAACGCGCACGUGGUAUUUAAUUAAUUCCAUUAAAAUAUUAACGGGAGAGAAAAAAAAACAAAACAACA